GGCAGUGCAGACAGCCUCUUAGCCUGGAGUACCCAGCCUUGCUAAAUCACCGCUCUCUCUCCAAGGAAACAAAACAAUAUCGAAUUGGCUUGACGGCGUGCAACAAGCAUAGACCCUCUCUCGAUACGACAACGCGCUUUCCCGUGGAAUGAGCGUUCCAUGCAGCAUCCUAGGUAUGAAUGACGUGGCCUGGCAGGAGACAAGAGGUGGGAUGCUGCAUGCAAAUGGUGCUCCUGAGUCCGGGGGCGUCAGAGUACAUGGUGGGGGGCCCCUAGCGUCAGUGGGUGGAGCAGUGCAGGCUCCUGGGGGGCCACACUUGCCAGGCAUGGACCGAGGCGCCAAUCCAACCCCGGGUACCCCACAGCCCCCGCUGAGCGGGAGAUCUCAGGAUGACGCCACGGUGGGAUACUUCUUUCAGAGGCAGCCCGGAGAGCAGCUUGUCGGUUGCACGCCCGCAAAGCAUCGCUGGCCAACUGGAGACGCCAAUCAUGUGGAUCAGGUCCGGGCUGUCGAUGAAAUGAACUAUGACUUUCAAGCUCUUGCACUGGAAUCGAGGGGGAUGGGAGAGCUUCUGCCAGCGAAAAAGCUCUGGGACUCUGAUGAAUUGGCUAAGGACGGCAGGAAAGGGAUGCUUCUUGGAGAGGAGUGGCGGGACAACGCGUGGGGAUCAUCACAUCAUUCAGUGUCUCAGCCCAUCAUGGUACAGCGGCGGCCAGGCCAGGGUUUCCAUGGUAACGGCGACGCCAACUCCGUGCUCUCGCCCCGCUCAGAAGGCGGAGGCCUGGGAGUGAGCAUGGUGGAGUACGUGCUGAGCUCCUCACCUGGCGACAAGAUGGACGGCCGCUACAGGAACGGUGGCUAUGGCGGAGGAGAUGCCGACCAAGAUGGGAGAGAGAAAAGCGAUGUGCAAGAGAAGGUGUCGCCCUUCGAAGAAGACAAGAGUCCAGAGAUGAAGGUGGGAGAAGAGAGUGAUCCUGCUAAAGCGAAUGGAAGAGGCCUGCUCAACGGCAUGGACAGAGACUGCAAGGACUUCAAUCCAACCCCUGGUAGCCGUCAAGCCUCCCCCACCGAGGCGGUGGAGAGGAUCGGUCCCGGUCAGACAGGUCUGGAGAUGAUGGGUCAGCACCACCCCCACCCCCACGUCCUCCAGCAGCAGAACCCUGCGCAGAACAAGGUUCCCACUGAGGACUUCCAGAACCCAGAGGCUCAGAACAUGGGGGGCAUGGAGCAGCAGGCCGGUGUGGAGUCCUUGCAGUUCGACUACGCUGGAAACCAGAUUCAGGUGGACUCCUCAGGGGCGCCAGUGGGAUUGUUUGACUACAACUCUCAGCAGCAGUUGUUCCAGAGGUCUAAUCCCCUCACUGUACAGCAGCUCACUGCGGCUCAGCAGCAACAGUAUGCCUUGGCUGCAGCGCAACAGCAGCAUCUCGCUGGUCUCGCUCCUGCAUUUGUGCCAAACCCUUACAUCAUCAAUGCUGCCCCCCCUGGCGCUGAUCCCUACACUGCCGCUGGGCUCGCAGCAGCAGCAACUCUUGCAGGCCCCGCAGUUGUUCCACCUCAGUACUACGGCGUUCCAUGGGGCGUUUACCCAGCCAACCUCUUUCAGCAACAGGCUGCAUCUACUGCCAAUCACUCAGCUAAUCAGCAACCAUCCAAUCAGGGACCAGGACCAGGCCAGCCACAGGUCAUGCGUACAGGAACUAACCAGCGACCGCUCACACCUGGUCAGGGCCAGCAGAGUCAGCAGGAGUCUUUAGCUGCAGCUGCGGCAGCAAACCCUGCCUUAGCAUACACAGGAAUGCCUGGUUAUCAGGUUUUGGCCCCUGCAGCUUACUACGACCAGACUGGAGCUCUGGUGAUGGGCCCUGGUGCUCGGACUGGUUUAGGCGGCCCUGUCCGUCUGGUCCAGACGCCUCUCCUCAUCAAUCCUGCUGCAGCUCAGGCUGCAGCAGCCGUCUCGGCGUCUGGUUCCGGUAACAACAUGUCCGGUCCUCCGGCCAACGGCCUGUACCGCUCCAUGCCCCAGCCGCAGCCGCAGCCGCAGCAGCAGCAGGCCCCCCCGCCCAGCAGCGGUCUGCCCUCCAGCUCCUUCUACGGCUCUGGAUCAGUCCCCAACACCUCUCAGAGCAGUUCCCUGUUCUCACACACCUCAGCCGCCCCCCCGCCUCCGAGCUCGUCCCUCGGCUUCAGCAGCACCGGCGGCUCUCUGGGCGUGGGCCUCGGCUCUGCUCUUGGGGGCUUUGGUUCCUCCGUGUCCAGCUCUACCAGUAGCAGCGUAUCUCGCAGGGACUCCCUGCUGGCAAGUUCUGACCUGUACAAACGAGGCGGCAGCAGUUUAACUCCCAUCGGCCAGCCGUUCUACAACAGCCUGGGCUACUCCUCCUCUCCCAGCCCCAUCGGCCUGACGCCGGGUCACUCGCCGCUCACUCCUCCACCUUCUCUGCCCUCCUCUCACGGAUCCUCCUCCAGCCUUCAUCUAGGCGGGCUGACAAACGGCAGCGGGCGUUACAUUUCCGCCGCUCCCGGCGCCGAGGCCAAAUACCGGAGCACCGGCGGCACAUCCAGUCUGUUCAACUCCAGCAGCCAGCUGUUCCCUCCCUCCCGGCCCCGCUACAGCCGCUCCGACGUCAUGCCGUCCGGACGCAGCCGCCUGCUGGAAGACUUCAGGAACAACCGCUUCCCCAACCUCCAGCUGCGCGACCUGCCGGGACACAUGGUGGAGUUCUCCCAAGACCAGCACGGAUCCAGAUUUAUCCAGCAGAAGCUGGAGAGAGCCACUCCGGCUGAACGGCAGAUGGUGUUUGGAGAGAUCCUGCAAGCAGCGUACCAACUGAUGACUGAUGUCUUUGGGAACUAUGUUAUCCAGAAGUUCUUUGAGUUUGGAAGUGCGGACCAGAAGCUGGCUCUGGCCACACGGAUCCGCGGCCACGUCCUUCCCCUGGCUUUGCAGAUGUACGGCUGCAGAGUCAUUCAAAAAGCCUUGGAGUCCAUCUCCUCAGACCAGCAGGUAAUUAGCGACAUAGUUCGUGAGCUGGACGGCCACGUGCUGAAGUGUGUGAAGGACCAGAAUGGAAACCAUGUGGUGCAAAAGUGCAUUGAAUGUGUCCAACCUCAGGCCCUGCAGUUCAUCAUCGAUGCCUUUCAGGGACAGGUGUUUGUGCUUUCCACACACCCGUAUGGCUGCAGAGUCAUCCAAAGGAUUCUGGAGCACUGCACCCAGGAGCAGACUCUGCCCAUCCUGGAGGAGCUGCAUCAGCACUCUGAACAGCUGGGCCAGAAAUAUCAAGGCGUAUCAUUGGAGAUGACACCCAAAACAUAUUAUACAGUGUCCCGUGAUGCACUGUUCAAGGAUCAGUACGGUAACUACGUCAUUCAGCACGUCCUGGAGCACGGCCGACCGGAGGACAAGAGCAAGAUCGUGGCGGAGGUUCGCGGGAAAGUUCUGGUCCUCAGCCAGCAUAAGUUUGCAAGUAACGUUGUGGAGAAGUGUGUGAUCAACUCGUCGCGUGCAGAAAGGGCCCUCCUGAUCGAUGAGGUUUGCUCUCAGAAGGACGGGCCCCACAGCGCCCUCUACACCAUGAUGAAGGACCAGUACGCCAACUACGUCGUCCAGAGAAUGAUCGACAUGGCGGAGCCUGGUCAGCGUAAAAUCAUCAUGCACAAGAUCCGGCCUCACAUUGCCACCCUGCGUAAGUACACCUACGGGAAGCACAUCCUGGCCAAGCUAGAAAAGUACUACAUGAAGAGCGGCUCCGAACUGGGUCCCAUCGGCGGCCCCACAAAUGGUCUCAUGUAGGCUCUUUGACUUCCUGAGUCCCGCUGACGAAGAGGAGGAAUAGGAGCCCCAAACCACCCCCCCACCACCACCACCACCGUACAGUGAGAGACGCUCCUUCAGCCGUAGAGGUUAUAACCUUUGACACCCUCUGUCAAACCCGUGUUUCUGGGGUGGGGAAUUACCAAAAAAAAAAAAAAAACGACAACAAUACGCAGAAUGAAAAGACAAGUCAACUUCACCUAAGAACGCUGUGACAACUGAGCCCUGCCACUCUGCCCCCCCCCGGUGCAGGGCCCCGCGUGGCCCCCGGGGGGCGCUCAGUCAGCAGGCCGUUUUCUUUUUCGUUUUCCUGGGUAAAGCACAAGCCCACUGUUAAUGAUGUAAUUGAUGUAUUUGACUGGUUUUCAUAUGACCUUGUACAUUUAGUUUUUUACCUUGUAAAUUCUCUGUAGAAAAGCAAAACUUAUUACACAUUUGCUGAAAUUUACAAUUCUUACAAUUAACACCAGCAAGUGACUUUCUAAGGCUAAACUGAGUGAUCCUUUUAAAAAAAAAAAAAAAAUGAAAAAAGACAAUUCCACUUGUUUUUGUAACCGGACUCAUGUCGGCUGCUCCAAUUAGUUGAAGCAAUUGCGGAUUAUAUUUGUAUGACGCCGGCCCAGUGGAGGCGUUGUCCCAUGCCAAAGCAGCUGAUGGAGUCGUUUUCAAACAGCACUUCGUAGUACGGAUGGAAGCGAACGCCUCCGUCCACAGGCGACGACGUGUCAAGUGCCACAGUCACCCUGGGGGUUCAGGGACUGGCUUAGGUGGCUCUGUGUUUUAGGGGAGGUGGGGGUGGGGGGGUGCUUUAGUCUGCUUUCUUUCCUCUUUUCUUGCCUCCUGUUCCAGACUGGGGUGGGGGAGCACUCCUGCACCUCAGCAGCUCCUAGUUUUGCUUGACGUUUUGGUACUGACUUUCAUACCGGCAAACCUGAGCUGCUGCAUCCCCCCCCCCCCCUCCCUCCCUCAGCUGUCUCAUUCCCCCCUCCCCCCGGGGGUUUAUGCAAGGAGGGGGGGGUGAAGAGCUACUAGAGGCAGAACAUGAGGUGUUUGGUUGUACAGCGGGAGCGUCAACCUGGUUUGAUCUCAACGACGAGAAACGACCACAGCGGGUGGGACAUGCGGGGGCGGAGGUUGCUUUUUGUGGGGGGGUAUUGGGGUGGGGGUGGGGUAUGCGUUGGCAUGCUGUGACAGGUUUUAAAUCUUUGGAAUGAAUUUUUUUUUUUUCCUUUAUUAUGUUUUGUGUAACAUCUUAUCUGUCUUGUAGUUUGAGAUGAACACUGCCCUAGAAGACAGUAUCUUUAUGUACUGAAUAAUCAUCUCUUGCGUAGAAGUAGUUUAGCAAUGUUUAGCAUCUUUAUGUACGAGUAAAUUGUUGCUUUUUUGGUAGGGGGCUUGCAGCGAUGAUGGACCCCCCCCCCCCCCCCCACCGCCUGACAGAGCAGUCCAAAAAAAAAAAAAAGAAAAACUGACAAAAAACGAUGUUGUGAGGUGGCGUCUAUUCCGGGUUUGUACAUCCGAGGUGACAUGAACUCGCACUGGAGGGAUGUGUCAAAGAAAGGGAUGCUGGAAGAUGUUUUAGUAGUUUUGUUUUUCGUUCUUUUAAGUAAAACUUCUUGUGUUGGUUUUGUGUUGGGUAUGCAAGUGCAUUGGUGGAGGCCGGUGGGGUCAUCAGAAGCUAUACAAUUCACCUGUACUGCUCGUAUCGAUGGCUUAUUCGCUUCAUUGGAAAUUGUAGAAUACAUGUAGUAUAUGUGCAGUUAAUAAGUGUAAGAUUAUUAGUUUAUCUUGAAGAAAAAAAAAAAACAUGUCUAGUUGUGGUGUUUGACAGGCCUUGCUCUAAAUUUGUAGUGAUGCUUUUAUUUCGUUUGUACAGUUGUACAUUUGUAAACGUUUAUGCUGUAAAUGGGAUGUCUUUUACACUUUUUGGGGAGAAAAAACGCAAAAAUGUGCAUUUAGAUGUGUGUAUAUUCAUCACCCCUUUCCCCCUUGAAUAUAAUGUAUACAGUUUUAUUUGAUCAAGUGUUAUUUUAAAGAAGAAGAGAAAAAA